AUGUCUGAUUCAACUGGAGAGACGAAAACAGAUGCAGCGAAGGACAAGGAGAAUGCAACGGAGAAUGUGCUGCCGCCUUCGCAACCGGAUGAUGCCCCUGAGAAGCUCGAUGGGAAAGAAAACGCUGCAGAUGUUAAAGAUGCUGGAGAUCAGAGCGACGACGAAGCAGAGCCGAUCUUGACCAUACAAGAUAUCUUGGACAAUGAAGCAUCAUCAAGGGAAACAGCAAGAGUUUUACUUGGUGCCCAGGAUUCUUCAGUUUGCACUUAUCCAGAGGGUUACAAACCCCGUCAAGCAAUCUUCGCUUGCCUUACGUGCGCCCCUGAACCUGAGAAGAACGAAGCGGGAGUGUGCUACGGGUGCUCAGUGCACUGUCAUGAUGGCCACAACAUUGUAGAACUUUUCACCAAGAGAAGGUUUAGGUAUGUCUGAGA